AAAAAGGAAGGGUCUCGGAACGGAACCGCUAGCUCCGCUUCGCUCGCGCGGACACCGCCAGCGAGCCUCCGUGCCACCGCAUUCCCAGCUCUCCGGCCGGCCACAUCAGCCGCGCGUGCCACCGGCCGCUACUCUUCCGGGCAAGAAGAUCUCCUUCCCUUUCCAGGCCACCGACAUGUCGCGCCCCUGCGCAUCCCUGCCGAGCCCGAGCACCGCAUGGGACGCCACCUCCCUCGCCGGCGCGCUCAAGGCCGCCGCGGUCCGACGCUCCGCGCCCCACGUCGGGCCCCUCCACGCGGUGCUCGUCAAGCUCGGCCUCUCGGCUUCCGCCAUCCUCGCCACCUCCCUGGCGCACCUCGCGCUGCGGUGCGGGCUCCCGCGGUAUGCGCGGGACCUGUUCGACGAAAUGCCCCGCCCGGACGUGGUCUCCUGGACGUCCCUGCUCACGGGCCACGCGCACCAGGGACUGCACCGCGAGUCGCUCGCGCUGCUCCGGCGCAUGGUGGGCUCUGGUGUCGAGCCCAACGGGUACUCCCUGUCCGGUGGUUUGCUUGCUUGCUUAGGGGUCGGUCAGGAUGCACUUGCUCUUGGGAAGGAAAUUCAUGCCCGGGUUCUCAAGAUGAGCCUGCAUGGUCCAGUCGACCCGGUCGUGGAGAAUGGGAUUCUUGAUAUGUACUCGAGGUGUGGGAGCAUCGAGUAUGCUAGUAGAGUGUUUAGGGUGAUGCAGGUGAGGAACAUAGUUUCUUGGAACUCGAUGAUGGCAGCUCUUCUUGGGAGUGGGCAGGCAGAGGAGGCGCUGAGGUUGUUCGUUUCCAUGGUUUCUUGCGGUAUUGGCGUGGAUGGCUUCUCAUUUUCCAUAGUUGUGGAUGCUUGUGGGGAGCUGGCGUUGUUGAAGCAGGGGAUGCAAGUGCACGCACGGGUUAUUGGUGGCGGAUUUGAGGCAGAUGCCAUUGUGAGGAACUCUCUACUGGAUAUGUAUGCAAAGUGUGGGUGUGUCGAUUCAGCAGAGCUUGUCUUCAAGGUGGCAUCAUCACAGGAUGCUAUUCUUUGGACUACAAUGAUCUCAGCUUAUGGUAAAUUUGGCCGGGUACGGGAUGCAGUCGACAUGUUUGAUAGGAUGGCACAAUUGGGCAUAGCACAAGAUGGCAUAGCAUAUCUUGCAGUUUUGUCAGCAUGUAGCCAUGGUGGACUUGUCAGAGAGGGUUGGCACUACUUCAAUUUCAUGUCUGACGGUCAAAGCUCAGUUAAGAUGCAUCCUGAGCACUACGGAUGCAUGGCAGAUCUCCUAUGCAGGAGAGGUUACCUAGAAGAAGCUCUUGAAUUCAUUGAGAAUAUGCCAUUUGACACCAGCAUUGCUGCUUGGAGUGCUUUACUUAACUCAUCUCGGAUCCAUGGGAAUGCUAGGUUGAGUCAACUUGCAGCAUCCCGUUUGCUCAAGCUUGAUCCUGAGAACCACAGCAAUUGGGUUGCUCUGUCAAGUGUGCAUGCAUCGGAGAAUGAUUGGCAUGUGACCUGGACUAUCAGGGAGAGCAUGAGCAGAGAGAGUGUGAAGAAAGAGCCUGGGUGUAGCUGGGUUGAAUUGUAUGAUGGUGUUCAUAUUUUUCUAAUGGCCGACCAGUCUCAUCCUGAAUUAUUUGAAAUACUGCAGACUCUUAAUUCUUUGGAGGAACAUAAUUCAUUCUGGUUUUGAUCCCACCGUGCAGUGCGAGGUUGUAGAUUAUCAAGAGAAUAAGCUCUGUUACAGGUUGUUGCUCCCAGUUCUGAAUACGAUGAGUGGUUGUUUUGGACCUACUGUUGGUUAUAGAAAUGAAAAAUGAGUUAUUGAAA